AUGGUUGCCGGUGCAAGGGCACAGAGGCCCGUGGGCUCAACUGCCUGGGUCGCGGCAGAGAAGGAAAACAUCGCGCAGCUGGUGAAUCAGGAAAUGGAGGAAAUUGAGUAUCCAGUUCGCCAUGAGCUGGAGUGGCUGAAUGAACAUAUGGCAGAGGUCUUCUCCUCGAAUCAAUUCAAUGUUACCGAAAUCUUUAAGACGCCAGGGAAGAUGCGAGGCAAGACUCCACGAACGGCGCGAAAGCGCAACGUGGAGCAGGCCCGUGUGCCCUUGAGCGAUAUAUUUUCCUCUGCGAACCAGCCACCCAGGGCUAGUCCCUUCAAUCAGGCGAUUGCUAAAUUAGCCGUCAACAAGGAUGCGGAGAAAUCUUCCCAGCCUCAAUACCCUGACCUCAGACAAAAUAUGAACUCUUUCCCCAAAUACAACACCGAUUCAGGUUACCAUGGCAUGGCAGAUGAGGACGAGAUGGUUCUCCCAGGCAUGCAGCAGGAUUCACAGCCAUCUACUCAACCUAUAGAUGAGGAGCCAACCUUGAUUGCGCACGAUGCGCCCAGCCCUGUCGAUCGUCGCACUACAGAAGGCUCCUUCCACUCCGCUCAGGAAAAUGUUUUGGCGCGCGGUGAGACCCUGGAGCCAAUGAAUAUAGGCACGUCUACUCCUAAAAAGAAAGUCGAAGUGCAGGUUCCAGAGAUGUCGCGGGAAUCGACUCCAGUUCAGAGUUCUGUACGAUCGCCCGAAAAGAACGCCGCGCCUUCGGUACACGAAUCGCAGCCGGCUGAGAAAGAGAGCAAUGACGACAUGGAGCUCGACAACCAGUUUGAUGAUAUCGGUUCACCUUCCGAUGGUUCAACUCCGGAACGGCCUUUGAUGCGGAAGAGCAGCCUAACAUUUGCUUCCCUUCCUGCUAGAGAACCUCUGAUGACAAAGAAGAGCAUGGGAGGCGCGAGGAUCUCGAGGACGAGUCAUGUCGACCUUGCGAAGAUGAACACGGCUGGGCGCCCCAGCUACUUUGGCAGACAGACUGGUCCUGCGCGGAACACGCAAGCAGUACCUGAGCAACGCGAUGAGAAGCUCCAGGAGGACAAGAUGGAUAUUGAUGAUGAGAAAGAGCUUCACCCUGAGGAUCUGGAGGUCGACACGCAGGCUAGCAAGCUUCACACGAAAUCAUCUACCCAGAGAUUGCACGAAAAGAUCAGCAUGCUUGGAAAACUACAACCGUCGCGUCCGACGAAGUCGAUUCCCGCUGUUUCGGCUCUUGCAGGCUCUCAAGUCGCAUAUCCUGACCUCUCCAACACGAAGCAGGAGCCGUCUACCCAAAGAUCCGGCGUUACCCCGGCUCCUGAGCCUGCCGAUGCCGAGGACGACGAAUGGAUCAAGCCAUUGGCGUCUUCGCAUAAGACGAAGAUUCCAAAGAGCAACACCGCUGAUGUUAUGGAGAAUGUGGCUGGGCAUGAGACCGUCGGAAACAUGGAGAAGGCUGAAUCUCGGACUGCACAGAAGACUGCUGACUCUCCUGAAAAGAGCUCUCCUAUGGCCGUCCAGUCCAAGCAUGGCAAGACUGCGUCUACUUCCGUAUUUUCAUCGCCCCAGCGGUACGAUUUCAAGAACGGCCUUCACCAGAAGAGUGCGUCGGCCUCAAAUCUGGACGCUGAAUCGACAACACCUUCUACUUCUCCCAGGCGCCAUGACGGUCCGUUGAGCGCAUCCAAAUCCAAACUCCAAUCGAUCAUGAAGACCGCUAAGGGUCUUUUCACGAGUAGCGCUGGAGUUUCAGCAGCCGCCAAGAUGGAGACGCUAUCUCCAACUGCCUCGCGCACUCGACCUGGCACUCAGCAUGGUGCGGUUGAAAAAGACCAUUCUCGUCCCGCGUCCCCCAGUCCACCAAGAUAUGAAGGGCGCAGAACGCGCAGUUCCACCGAGAGGGAGGAGAAGAGGAAGCAGAAGGAGCGGGAGGAUCGACAACGCGUGGAAGAGGAAACGGAGAAAGCCAGGGAGCAAGAAAGGCAAAAGGUUGCCCAGCACAAGGCAUCCCUAGAAAGGGCAGAGCGGGAGAGACGUGAAGCUUCGGAGCCUGAGCCUGUGAAAUCAAGCCCGAAGAAGGCACCUCAACUUCAGAAGCAAGCCGUACGAGAACCCGAGCCGAGUGCAUCUCAUGCUCAACAGGCUCCUAGACCCGCUGACCGACGACCGGUGAGACCAACGCGUGAAACUGCACCGAAACCAAAACCGCAGCCUGUCUCGAUCCGAGUAGGAAGUGCACUUUCCCGCCAGAUACCAUUGGCAUCUGCCUCGUUUGCUUCACAGAUACCCGAGCCGAGUCAGACAGCAACAACACCAGCGGCUGCCUCGAAGCAGCCUGGUCUCAGUAAGAAGGCUAGUAAUACUUCGUUGUACACCACCGCCUCGACAGGUAGCUUCAAGAGCUCGGUAUCCUCCCAAUCUCAGCGGAAGGCACAGUUGGCUGCAGAUCGGAAGAGGGAGCAAGAGGAACGAGAAGCUCGACGCAAAGAAGAGCAGAAAAGAGAACAGGAACGUAAGCGUGCUGCUCAGCAACAACAGGAGGAGGCACGUCGUCAGGAAAUGCGCAAUCGAGCCGAGGCUGAACGACGGGAACGUGAGCAGUCUGUUGCAGACGACCCUAAGAAGAGCGCUCAGAAACAGGCAAUUGAGAAGCGUAGAUUGGAGAAUACUCGCAAACUCGAAAGGCAAGGCAGUCAGCAGCCGACUGCUGCAAGUGAAUUGAAUUCGAUCCUCCAGCAAGAGAAGGGUGCAUCCCAGGCCUCGCAACGUAGUGAUCUUGGUACAAACAGACCAGCGUCCCGCCUUGGCUCUGCUCAACCCUUCGGUCGCUCUAUCAACCAGCCAGCGCCCAACCCAGCAAAGCCACCCAAGAGGGCACUAGAAGAAGAAGCCCACAGCCGGGCCACUGCACCGAAGCCCAGCACGGCGUAUCAGGCAGAGUCCAAGCGGAGGAAGACGGAGGACGAACAUAAUCCCCUGCCUCCCGUGCGACCAACCAUGGCUCCACCGAUUCGCCAGUCAAGUAUCCGCAAGGAGGCUUCCAAGUCACAGAUCUUUCCACAUGGCUAUCCCACGGCUCCCCCGCCUGCGGCCCAUCAUCAGGCGUCCUUGUACAAAAACGCUCCUGCUGCUGCUCACGCACAGCAUGCAGGCCCUUCAAGGCCCGGACACCCUCUCGAUAUGAGCAAGUAUACUAGCGGCAAGAUACCCUUUGCGGAUGCUCCCAACCAAGGCUCCUCUUCUCAAAAGACUCCAGGUCAUGGUGUCCAGAAAGCUCCGGCUAGGCCCUCGCCCAAGUAUCCUAGCGGAGAGAGUAUCCAUUUGCCGGAGAUCGCGACUGACAGCGAGGAAGAAGAUUCGGAUGCAGAGAUCAUGCCAGUGCCCAAGUGGGCUCAACCGGAUGAGCUGAGGGCCCUCUUGAUCGAGCAGGAGGGCAAGGAGGCAGAUAUGAUUUUCGGCCCGAUUGCACCAUUCUCGCUGGAGGAGACGUUCAAGGCUGACAAGAAGAUCAAGAAGUUCCGAGACCGUACCAGCAGUGCCAACUGGGCCGGUCCUGAUGGACUGACUCAGGAGGAAGUCCGGAAAGAUCUUGCUGAGCGACAGCGGCUGAGACUGAAUGGCGGAUGGACAUUCGCCCCUUAGACCAAGUACAUUAUUUUUUUGUUGUUCUUUUUUUUUUUUUUUUUUUUUUU